AGGCGAUCGAUCGGAUUUUGUUUGCCAAGAAGGUCAGAAACGCGAUACUUUUUGCAUAAUCUGCUCACCUGCGGCAUCCCUGUUUUCGCCUGUUUUCGGCUAUGCUGACGGAGCUUCUGAGCGUUGGGGACACAAUUAUCAGGGUCCCAUUUUGGUUUCUUUUCGAGUUGAUAAUUUCGUCACGUAUCGAUGGCCUGUCCAAGUUUAUCAUGCGGCAGCCGAAGUUUGUGGCCUCUCUCUGCCCUGACUGUCCUGGAGUUAUCGAGGAACGUCAUAUCCCUAUAUUUAUCACUUACAUCGCCAUUUUGUGCUUGACCGCCAUGUUUUUCCACUCGAUGGCAGUGUUUGCCGUUCACGCACUACUGCUGGGGACGACCAUUGCAUGGACAUGUUUAAUGUCGUACGUACUGUUGUUACGUUUUGCCUACGCACCUUGGGAACAAAUAGACAUGGAUUCGAUCACGGAGAUUUAUUUGGGGUCGAGCUUCUCUCUGAGUCUGAUAAUCCUGUGUCUCAUGUCAAUAUUGGCCUAUCCAAACCAAGUUACCAACAAGCGUUGGUUUCUCGUCUCUUCAUUGGCUGCCGCAGUUCCUGUGGUGUGUUACCUACCAGCACCAUAUCUCAUAAAAACGGGACCUCUGAACUACGACUGUCACCUUUCACGAACAAAUGGGUCCUCAGCAGGUUGUUCAUCUCCAGCAUGGUACGCCUAUGGUGUCGUUUCGCUGCGACCACAACACUGUUACAGUCGCGAGCUGCCAUAUGAUCUCUGUACUCUGAUCAACCCCUCUUAUGGACUUCUGUUUAGUGGUCCAGUUUGCCCAGCACUAUCAGCACUCCGCUGUUCCAACUACUUCUGUGAUCCCCGUGUCAGGGAAUUCGUCUACACCCUGGCUCGUUUCAGCGUUCCGGUUCUGAAUAUUUUGUUACUCUCGUUGUGUGUAAAACUGACACAAGUAGUCUCACGUUUUCGGAGCGCAAUUACGGAGCAACUCGAAUUGUAUCGAAUGGUUGGAAUUUUCGAAUUUAUCAGCCACCAUUGGAAUCGUUUAAAUAUACCACGUACUCUGGCAUUCCUCUGGGUUUUCAAGGUGUUCACUGUCAUUCUUUAUGGACCUAAACAGUGGCCCAUUUUCCCUACCGGAUAUAAGGGAACGGAUGCACACGUUUCAAACCUCUCUUUAUUACGACGUUAUGGUGCCGUAGAAGAACAAAACCAGACCACUAUUUCCAUUCUGUUCACACGCGCAUCUGUUGGAGCCUUGGUUCAUGGAUCCGAGUCUUGGCUUAUUGUUUUCGGUGCAGCCUCUUUCUUUGGGGCCAUGGCCAUUUUGGUCGUUAACAUUCUUGUUCGCUUACUGGAUCCUAGGGGCAGACAUCUGGAACGAUUAUUCCUUACGGCUCGUGAAGCGCCUGUUGACCUCCUCGAAUGGAGUGUAAUCGAGGAUCCUGCACUAGCCAUGGACCAAAACGACCUACUUGCCGUCGAAAUGUUGUCUGGAACUGGGUGGAACAGUGCAGUUGUGUUUCUUUUCCUAGCAUUUCAAUAUGAUCUCCCGAGCUUACCUGUUUCUCAGCGCGUUUCCUGUUGUCUUUACGGCAUUACGGUGAUUGCCAUUACCUGUGUUCAUCCUGUCCAAGCUUUGAUUAAAUCCUUGCUGCUUCGGUUGGAUGCGCCAGGUCGUGGAGAUUCCUCCACUUGGUUCGACCAUCUCCGUCCUUUAGUCUUUUGCUUUGGCCUGAUCGGCGCAUCUUUUUGCAUUAUUAACUACGCUCCAGAACAGUUGGUUGCGGCUAACGCUACACCUACAUCCACCGCUUCGUCUACGUCUUCUGCUCCGCUACUUCCACGUUUUGGCUCCUCUGUGGAAUCACUGAAAGCACGCCAGAUGCGGAUUGUACUUUGCGGUUGUCAACUGCUUCUGGGGCUCAUUGUAACCCUCAUUGAAUAUGUGAUCUAUCAGAUCUCCCAUCGCAUACCAGACUGGUCAGGUUUCCGCCCAGCUCUCUUCUGGACGAAACUGAUCAGUUCGGUGUUGGACUAUAUGAUAUCACUGUUAUCGUUUCUAACCGUCUGUUGGCUCUCUGUAUAUGACUCGAUCGGUGUGUGCCGCAUGUUUAUCAUUUGCUGUUACUUUUAUUUCAUUCUCUAUCCGUCUGCCGUUCGUGCCUAUACGUGGGUUCGCUGGAAACUGCUGUUCCGCCAACGUAUCCACAGUUUAGCCAGCCCAUCAGAGUCCGAACUGGUAAACCGAGGAAGUACGUGUCCUAUUUGUUAUGCCGAUAUGACUCCGGAUUCCUCCAGGAUGACGCGAUGUGGUCAUUUAUAUCACAUUGAAUGCCUGAGUCGGUGGAUGCGACGUCAACUUUUUUGUCCCAUCUGUCACGACGAUCUUCUUUCAACAAAAGUGACUGAUAGGCGUCGUGUUACCGGUAACCAAGGCAACGUUCAACCAACUCAGGCUUGACUGUCAGCUCCAGGCCAUUUCACAUCUUUUCGUCCCCUUUCAUCUACCCUCGUUCCUUUGUGCCAGAUUCUACUAUAUGCUUUGCAGCAUUGUAUAACAGUUCAAAGUCAUCAUAAUCGUG